GCUAAACAAGCCUAUCGGCAACCAUGAUGCGACUGUCAACAACACCACCACCACCACUACUAUCCGCACUCCCGUUUCGCUUUGCGAACUUACGCUCGCUUGUCGCAUCCUUCUUGUCGCCAGUGCUUCGUCGAGUGAUUGCGAUAUCAUUCGUAUUGCAUCCCGUUGCGACCUGAGUUUCAUCGCUGGCAAGCCCUUUACCCGUUCCAAAAACAAAAGCCUUACACAGUAUUAGCGCCUGCGCAUGGGUUUCGUACUACGACAGCGAACAUCAACUAUUUUGCAGCCAACGUCGCUCACUGAAAGUGCGCACUUUGCAGGGAAGAGUUGGUAGUCCUUGUAAGAUUUUCAAACAUGUCACCCCAUCCGAACCCGGCGUCCGCCCUCGAUGCCGUAACGCCCGUGCUCGUUGCGAGACAGGCCACGACGACCAUUGUCACCAACUCCUCGCCAUCCUGCUCGGGCCAAUAUUCCGGCGGGACCCUCGCCGGCGCCAUCCUCGGAACUUUUUUCGGGACAAUUCUGCUGAUAUAUCUAUUCAAUUCGUUAAACAACAACAACAGAAGAAUAGGUCGGGAAGAAGUCGUGGUAGAGAGAAAAGUGCGGAGCAAUGGCAGCAGAAGACGGCGGAGAAGUCGAAGUGGCAGUUUGUCGAGUGUACGAAGGCCGAGUAGGGUAUACUCGACUGGUGGUUGAUGACUUUUACUUUUGCCUCCUUCAGCGACACGACUAAGUUGUAUUGGACAUAUGAAUGAAUGAGGGAAAUGUUGUACAGAUAUCGGGCAGUUGCGCAUAUAUUUUACGAAGGGUCAUGGAUUUCAGCACCAGUUAUAAUUCACUGAGACGCUACGUAUGUCUGGGGACGUCAAAGUGGUUGUAAACAAACACCAUGCUAUACUGGGAGGCUGUGGUAGCUACGACUCCGGAUGGUGCAAAGAAUACCUAGGUACGGGGGCCGAGUCCGUUAUCAUAUCACUAUAAAAGUGUCUCGAGUGCGACACAGUACCUGGCAAGGUAGUAUUGCUCGAUAUCCCUCACCAUCCGCCCAUGUCGAGUAUUGGAAGAACUCGAGUUUGCGGAUAUGGGAUCUGGUCGCUCGCCAUCUCGCCAGGUGCUGUGUUCACACCCCAGGUACGGGCAUCCGAGUGCAGAGUACGCACUCACUACCUCGCUAACAUAUUCCGUACGAAAAGUGUAGAAACAUAAAAGUAUUGUGCUG